UUAACACCGCUCACUCCCGCUGCUCUGUAACCACAGCGAACCAACCCUCACACGCAGCGUGCACGGCCAGUCCGCUCGGCUCGGUUCGGUUCGGUUCGGUUCAGCUCGACUCGGAACCGUCCACAGCAACAUGCAGGAUGGCGAGCAUGGAGACCGCCGCCGAACAUGAACGCAUCCUGCGGGAGAUAGAGAGCACCGACUCCAACUGCAUCGGACCGACCCUCCGGUCGGUGUACGAUGGACAGGAACAUGGCCUCUUCGUGGAGAAGCUGGACAUGCGGAUCCGGAACCACGACAGGGAGAUCGAGAAGAUGUGCAACCAUCACUUCCAGGGGUUCGUCGACUCCAUCACAGAGCUGCUCAAAGUACGAGGGGAGGCGCAGAAGCUGAAGAGUCAGGUGACUGAGACCAACAAGCACCUUCAGGAUGACGGCAAAGAGCUCAUCACCUCCAUGGAGGAACUGCAACAGUGUCGAGUCCAGCAGAGAAACAUCGCCACCACCAUCGACAAACUGACCCACUGCCUCCCAGUCCUGGAGAUGUACAGCAGACUUCAGGAGCAGAUGAGAGCUAAAAGGUACUACCCGGCGCUGCGGACAUUGGAGCAGCUGGAGCACACAUGUCUUCCCCGGGCGGGUCAGUACCGGUUCUGCUCCAUCAUGGCCGAAAACAUCCCCAAGCUGAGGACACAGAUCCGGGACACUGCCAUGACGCAGCUGAGGGACUUCCUGGAGAGCAUCCGGAAGCACUCCGAAAAGAUCGGAGAGACCGCCAUCCGACAGGCCCAGCUCCAGCGCUCGCUGGACAGCUCCAUCUCCACACAGCCGAGGGCCCUGAUUGGCCGACGUGGAAGGAAGGAGGCGGCGGCGUUGACAGGAGCGGGGACCGACAGCGGGGGACCAGGUGGCAGUCCGGCGUCGGAACAGGACUCGGGUAUUCUGGAUGUGGAGGAGGAAGGGGAGGAGGAUGAAGUCCCAGGAGCUCAGGACUUGGUGGAUUUCUCUCCAGUUUACAGCUGUCUGCAUAUCUACACUGUGCUGGGUUUGCGUGAUGUGUUUGAGAACUACUACAGAAAGCAGAGGAGGAAACAGGCUCGCCUCGUACUGCAGCCGCACUCUAACAUGCAUGAAACCUUGGACGGAUACAGGCGGUACUUCAACCAGAUUGUCGGGUUCUUUGUUGUGGAGGAUCACGUUCUUCACACCACGCACGGUUUGGUCAACAGAGCGUACGUCGAGGAGCUGUGGGAGCUGGCGCUGUCCAAAAUAGUCGCUGCCCUCAGGACCCACUCGUCGUACUGUGACGACCCCGACCUGGUGCUGGACCUGAAGAACCUUAUUGUCCUCUUUGCUGAUACACUGCAGGGUUACGGUUUCCCGGUGUCGCAGCUGUUCGACAUGCUGCUGGAGAUACGGGAGCAGUACGGCGAAAUCCUGCUCAAGCGGUGGAACAUCGCCUUCAGGCAGGUGCUGGAUCAAGAUAACUUCAGUCCAAUCCCAGUGUCGACAGAGGAAGAGUUCAGACACUACACUUCCCUGUUUCCCCUGCAAGACCCUGAACUGGAAAAGCUUCCCUUCCCCAAGAAGCUCCCCUUCUCCGAGUUUGUGCCAAAAGUCUACUGUCAACUCAAAGAGUUCAUCUAUGCCUGUUUGAAAUACUCUGAGGAUCUACACCUCAGUUCCACGGAGGUAGACGAUAUGAUCCGCAAGUCGACAAAUCUGCUGCUGACCAGAACCCUCAGCCACUGUCUGCACUACGCCAUUAAGAAGAAGAAUGUCGGGCUGGCAGAGUUGGUGCAGGUGAUCAUUAACACCACCCACCUGGAGCAGUGCUGCCAAUUCCUGGAGGAGUUUAUAUCAAACAUCACCAACGUUCCUCCCGACACGGCCAACGCCACCAAGCUGUACGGGACGUCCACCUUCAAGGACGCCCGUCACGCGGCGGAGGCGGAGAUCUACACCAACCUCAACGCCAAGAUCGACCAGUUCCUGCAGCUGGCUGAUUACGAUUGGCUGACCGCGGUGCAGGGAGGCGGGACUGUGGCCGCCAGCGACUACCUGGUCGACCUGAUCGCUUUUCUGAACAGCACCUUCAGCGUCUUCACCAACCUGCCUGGAACGCCAACAGAACACGCUACCUUACCGGGUAAAGUGGCUCAGACGGCGUGCAUGUCGGCCUGUAAACACAUCUCCACCUCGCUGAUGCAGCUGCUGCUCGACCCCGAGAUCCGACAGAUCUCCAUGGGAGCUCUGCACCAGCUCAACGCCGACGUCAAGGAGUGCGAGAGUUUUGCCAGAGCCGGCCCGGUCGCAGGCUUCCAGGGUGACACGUUGCUUCUGGCCUUCAGUGACUUGAGACAAUUACUGGAGCUGUUCACCGAGUGGGACUGGUCCACGUAUCUCGCUGACUACGGCAAAUCCACCUGCAAAUACCUGAGAGUGAACCCACACACUGCACUGGUCCUGCUGGAGAAGUCAUUUAAACCGAUGAGGGAGACGAGCAGGAAGAACAACGUCUUCGCUCAGUUCAGGAAGACGGACAGAGACCGACAGAAACUCAUCGACACCGUCAUCAAACAGCUACGCAACCUCAUCGCACAGCACCACGCCUGAUUGGACUGCAGGCCCCAACGCCAACGCCUGAUUGGCUGAUUGAAUCCAUCGCUGCGCUGUAUCAACCGUCUGUUCACCUUCACUUCCUGGGACUCCACUGGACUUCACACUGCAACAAGCUUGUGCGAUCCGAUUGGUUUGUUUAAGCCACUUUUUUCUGGAAUCAGAAUUUUCCAGUUUGUCUGAAGACGAUGAAGAAACUCUCCUGAUUCCUGGUGGUUUGUUUUCCGAGCGUCUCUUCACCCACAAACAUCUGUACACGUCCGUUGAUUUUGUUCUUAGUGUCAACAAAUCACCACAAAAAGACCAAACCCAGCGACGAGACGUUUGUUUGUCUCGGUCCUGCAGCGGUAAACACUCAUCACAACACUUCACUUGUAUCCAUCCACCACUGAAAAUAGCACAAUUUUUCCCUGUUCUGUGUAAAGUUUUGUAAAGUGACAAGGUGCUUAAGGUUAAUUACCUCCGGCCUCACGGGGCGAUGGAGGACGUGUGAGUGGGUCAGUUGUGGUUACCUACUCGUGGCCUCUAUUCCCCCACAUAACAGUUAUUGGUGUAAGUUCUGAGACAAAAACACGUCUUUUGGUUUUGGUCUUUUCACUGGGUUUGUUGACAGUAUCUAAAAACACAUCAUCUGCCUUACACGUAGAUUUAAAAUGAUUAGCCGGUGGAUUUUCUUCAUGUGGGAAACAAACAGUUCAGUUAAGAAUCGUAUUUACAUUAAAUUCUAGAUAAAUCUACUUAAGUUUCUUAAUUUAAAGUAUUAAUUACUAAAUUUUUCCACUUUGCCGGACGCCAUCGAGCCUCGUUGUUACUGAGAAAUUUGUGAGUCCGAUGAUCGUGGAAACCUGCGUCGGUUUGUCACGUGUAGUGAUUGUGCAGCUGUGCGAGAUAAUCUUUGUGGGUUUUUUGCAGAUUUUAUUUUCGAUUCAGAAGCCUCAAACUACAACGUUGAUAUUUACCUUCCUCGGUUGCUCGCGGCCUUCCAUGUCUUCCAUAUUGUAUUUUGAAUGUACACCAGCGGGCGUCGUCUCCAUCGUCCUUUUCGGUUGCGGCGUUUUAAAGCACUGAACUCGAGAUCAGGUCUGGAAGAGAUAAAAAAAAAAUUCUCGUUGAUCUGCGAACACUUGAAUGGCCGCUCGGAUCUGGCAACGUCAUUCCCACAUCGUCUGAGCCGUGGUGGGAAUCGAACGGCGAAGUCGAGGGGGUGUUGUUCCGCCCCUUUCCAGUGGGGGGCGUUGCCUGAGCAUUUAUACUCAUCUUGUAUCGACAGCUCGGUCUUAAAGAGGGGGAUGGUGCCUCGAUUUGGCAACCGCUCUAAAGUGAAAACUGUUUUGUUUGUGUUUGACUAGAAAGAGACUAAUUUGUGUAAACACACACAGUCAUGUCUUCCAUACGCAGAGCUGUGUGUAGUAUGGCUACACAAACCUUUGUUUAGUUAUUAUAUUCACACUAUUUUCGGAGCUACAUUGGAUCUUCGUGUUGCCUUUUUUUCUUGAACUCGGUGCAAUAGCAGCAAUGGAAACUGCAGGAUUUUGUGUGUGUUAAUCGUUGGGCUUUAAAAAGGGAUUCAAACUUAAAACUCCCUUCUGCCUUGUUCUUCCUGUUUCCACGAAGGUGGAUCUUUUGAUCAACUGCGAUAUGUGUGUGUCCAUGUGUGCACUGUGAAAUCAACUGUAUGCGUUUGCUCAGCUGUGCGUCAUUUUUAGGUGUUUGGGUUCGGUCACACAUACACAAAUGUUUUACCGUCGCCUCUCGUCCAAUCGGUGGAAGGAGGAAAGAUUUGCUUCCUGCUUUGUGAUUCUGGUGAAUUUUGACUUGAGAUAUUCACGUGUGUGUCACCGUGCUGUUAAUAAGGGAACGGGGCAGUCGCUGUUCAAUGUGCCUUUGCUGUGUUCUGUUUUGUUUUCCUGCCAAUCACGCAGCAGCUCUGUGGCGUUUGGACACAGUUACUGAACAUCCACACUACACGUACAACAACAAGGGAUUUCUGGAGCUUUCAGCCACACGUGUGGAUCUGAUCGCUCCAGUUGUUUAGGUUGCAGAAUUUUAGACAAAUAUAAUUCUUUACAUUUAUUAGUAAUACUCCAGUCCUUUGCUCGAGGGCACCAUGGCAACGACCCUCAGUUACUGAUGCUAUGUUCUGUAUUUUGUAAGUGUAAAUCUCUGAGACGGAAGCACUGUAAACGAAGCUGUUGCAUUAAACCACUAACACAUGGAACUAAAAUAAAGUACUAACGCAUUUGCAAAAAAAAUGGCAACGGAAAAAUAUGGAAUAAAUGUUGAACUGUU